AUGGCUAGCAGUAGUGAGGCUGUUUUGGUGGAGAAAUGGUUUGACAGUGAGGCUGAGACAGUAAAGUUGGAAGAAUCUCUCAAGAAAGUAACACAACAAAUACAUCAGAUACAAUGUUUGAAACCUCCUGAACAAACUACACAACUACCAUUUUCCAAUACAAGCAGAAAUCCACCUUCCAUUCCUUCAAGAAAACAGAUUGGUUAUUCUUCAUGUUCCCUUCAUCCUAGUCAUCCAUCCACUUCUGAAAUAAUGGAGUCAAUGGAGAUUGAUCCUGUACCUUCACCAAUGAGGAAACCUGAGACACCGACCGGUCCGACAAGAUUAUCAUUAAUAACUCCACCGCAAGAUGGACGUAUGGGUAGUGUAUCCUACAGAAGUUCUCAGCCAUCUGGAAUAAUGUCAAGUCAGAAUAGUAGAGCAGGAUCUACAAGAUCCACACCUAUAAGACUACCACACAGUGGAUGUUCAGUUACACCAUCAUCUGGAUUACAAAGUAGUAGAAGGGGGUCAUGGGCUACUUCUGAUUUCAGAACCCCUCAGUUAUAUCCAUUUACAUCACCAUCCCCACAGUCAUCUGUAACAAGACAUCCAAUCACCAUCUCUGGACUUCUGCAAAGACAACAUUUAGGAUCAACUAAUUUUGGAGGACAUUCAACGGAAAGAUAA